AUGAUACAGCAUGAUCAGUACAGACCAAUUGCUCCCAUUAGGCCAGUAGGACCUACUUAUCUACAUCCGCCACCACAGCCGGUAUAUGGUACACAGGCACCCAGAGGCCGCCUAUGCAGUUCCAUCAUCAGAUUCAGGACAGAUCUUCACUAUGCCUACCAUCAAAGAGCAGGCCAUGAUACAGACAGUUGUUCAGCACUGAGACAUGCCAUUCAGGAUUUGAUAGAUCAGGGCUUGGUUGAUUUGGGGCGCCCGGGUGUGGCCAUAGACCCGUUACCUACUCAUGACACUAGAGCAAUACCUCCACCCCCGGAAGGGGUACAUUUGAUUGAGUUUGCAGGGGAUGAGAUAUUUAUGAUGGGUUGGGAUGGAAAGGCUCCUCAGCCGAUCAGUCUAUAUGAGAAGUCAGAUUUUGUUGGAUAUAUACCUAGACAGCAGAUCCCUAGGCCAUUCAGUUUGACCCCGGACGAGAUUUAUGGGCCGCCUCUAGUAUCACCGGUAUACUUACAACAUGUGCCACCUAUGACACCCUUCAUUCUGUUCCCAGAGGAAUAUAGGCCCCCUCAUAGAGAUGUUCAGAUAGUUACACGGAGUGGAAGGGUAGCACAACCUCCACCCGUUGACAGGCCAUUUGCUAGUAUAGCUGCCAGAGAGGAGGUUCAGAGGGAAGAUGAUGAGAUAUUACGCCAGCUGCGUACUACUCAACCUCGCAUAUCUAUUUGGAGCCUUUUGGCCUCAUCUAGUACACACAAAGAUGCAUUGGUCAGAGCCCUUGACCAGAUUAGGGUUGACACUGCUACUACCCCAGAGGGGCUUAUUCACAUGUUGACAGCUGAUAGAGCUACAUGCAUAGUGUUUUCUGAUGAUGACUUGCCACUAGAGGGAUCAAAUCAUGUUCGACCCUUAUUCAUUUAUGUUGUUUAUUCAGGCCGUCGGGUGCCGUCUAUUCUGCUGGACAAUGGUUCUGCCCUGAACGUCUGUCCAUUGGUUACUGCUAUUGCACUUGGGUUUCGCCAGCCGAUUUUGGGUUCUACACAAACUGUUCGAGCUUAUGAUGGGACUCAGAGGACAGUUAUGGGUACACUCAGUACACAUGUCAUGAUCGGGCCAGUUAGUUACUCCAUAGUAUUUCAGGUUUUAAGGAUUCAGUCAUCCUUUAACUUGCUUCUUGGUCGCCCAUGGAUUCAUGAGGCUGGUGCUAGACCAUCUUCCCUUCAUCAGAAGGUGAAGUUCAUACACGAGGGGCGCAUUAUCACGAUACAGUCUGAUAGAGAUAUUCUCACUUUGUUUGAGCCAGUGUUACAUAUCAGUCACAAUGAGGAUGACUUACAUUUGACCGGGUUUACGUUCGAUGAGGUUCAAGUUGUCAGCUUAGAGGAUGGCAGCAGAGAUAUGGUACCUAUGUCGUUCGACCAGCACAGCAGCACUUUGGUGCUCAGCAUGAUGAGAGGUUACAUCCCCAUAGAGGCUGAUGCACGUUAUAUGUCACAGCUGCGCAGGGAUAGGGUGAGGGCUCGCAUGUUUGGCAUUCCAUUUGAUUAUCCCCUUCGCCCAUACACCUUCCAGUUGGCCGACUACUUCAUUAGGGGUUCAGAGCAUACACUUCGCAUAGAGGGGACUGUUCACAUUCCAGAGACAGUUAAGAUUCAGGACAUCCAGUAG